UCCUCGGCAUCUCUUCAGUGCACCUGCGCGCGUCACGCCCCAAUAAUUUUGCGCGCACGCCGGAGCUCUCUCUCUCUCUCUCUCGCGCACGUCAUCGUACGCACAGCGCACACUCUCUGCGCGCAUUCCUUCUCACUCACUGCCACAUUCCAACAAACACCUCUCUGACAUCUCUCUCUCUCGUCCCCACAUGCUCUUCAUUCCCUCCCUCUUCCUCUCCUCCUCUCCUCCUUCUCCAUGGACGCUAGGACCAUGAGGAGGAGAUACGGAAGCCCGGAGAGACCCCGGCCAUGGGUUGAGCCACCCUUGAAGCUCCUCCCUGGGAUGAAGAUCCCUGUUGUUUACUAUCUCUGCCGGAAUCGUCACCUUGAGCACCCGCACUUCAUGGAGGUCCCUCUCUCCUCUACUGAUGGCCUCUACCUUCGAGAUGUGAUUGAUAGGCUUAAUGCGCUGAGGGGGAAGGGCAUGGCGGGGAUGUACUCGUGGUCUUGCAAGAGGAGCUACAAGAAUGGUUUUGUGUGGCAUGAUCUCUUGGAGGAAGAUCUCGUUGUGCCGGUGCAUGGGAAUGAGUAUGUGCUCAAGGGUUCUGAGCUCCUUGAUCGAUCUCCUGGGGUGAAUGAUGGAGGUGGUAAUACGAGGGAUGCGCAGGUGGUUGAGCCUUCACCUUCGCCUCCUUCUUCAUCUUCUUCACCUCCCUCUGUUGUUAUCAAGGAGGCGAAAUCCCCUCCAUCAGAGGUAAAGCUUGGAGUUUGCAAGUCUGCUGGGGUUCAAGAUGCUGCCACUCAGACAGACAAUGGCGACUUUGUGUCUUUGAAGCCGAAACGAUGCCCUGAGAUUGAAGAGGAGGUCUCGCCGCCUCCGCCUUCAACCUCAUCCUCUGGAGGGAAGACAGGGACUUUAGAGUCUCUGAUUAGAGCUGAGGCGAGGAUGAAUGGCUUUAGGUUCUUGGACGACGAUCAGGUCCUUGUCUCUGCGAGGACAAGGCUGAAGGCCACCAGUGUGUUCAUGCAUUUGAUCACUUGUGGAUCUAUCUCAGUGAAAGACCAACAUAACUUUGGUCUUGUGCAGAGCUAUAAGCCUGGGUUUUCUCGUGCCAAGUUUGCUUCUCCUCAGCAGCUUGAUUGCUUCUCAGAUAAUCCCAGUCUGAUGGCGUUGAGGCUUGAAGACAAGGAGUAUUUCAGUGGGAGCUUGGUUGAGACUAAGAGGCACACUGUGAGAGCAGGGGAUGGGGUGCCGACUCUCAAGCGCUCGUCUUCCUACAAUGCGGACAGGACUUGCAAAUCGCUGGACACAAGGAAGGAGAGAAAUAAAGUGGUAGAUUCAUCCCGCUCAAAUUGUCUCCCUAGGACAAUCAAAGUUACAUCAAACAAGCAGUCUAGAAAUGAAACGAUGAGGUCACCUAUCUCGAAUGCAACAGGGAUGUCCUCAGCUGUGCUUGACUGUGGCAAGGCAUCCCCUAAUUGUUCUUCGAGAGGUGGAAGUAAAAGAAUCACUGAUUAUGCUUCCUCACUGAAAGGAUCAUCAUCGAGGUUUGAAUCUUUCAGAGAGGACAAAGAGAAGGUGAUUGUGAUUGAAGAAAGGCUUACUUCAGGAGCUCGGGUUAUAAUACAAUCAACAGUGCCAUAUGACAUUAGUGAGGACAGCUCAGACUCUGCUUAAAACAUGAUUGUUGUUAUAUGGUUUGCCAGGCAUCUUAUCAUCCUCUUUCUGGAAGGUGGUCCGUGGUUUUCAAAAGAUGCAAUUUCAUGCUUAUGCAAUUUACAACUCUCUUUGACAGAUUCUAGUCUUAAUCUCUCUUAAUGCUUUGAAAAGAACCUCACAAUGCUUGCCUGGAAAAGAAGCAAAACCUUGAAACCCUUUCUAGACUUCUGGUACGGUCUCAAUUUACACGGAUACCUAUUGAUCAGGGCACUGACUAGGUCUUUUUUUUUUUAAUAUUUUAUUCUUUUGAAAUAUCAGAAGUUACUGUAUGUUUUACCAUAGAUUAACCUUGAAGAGUUGCAUAUACUGUAACUUUUAUUUCUCUAGUACCUAACCAUCACAUUGAAUUCCAGAAGCACUUCCGAAACUUCCUCAAUGUAACUGGGCCAUUACUUGCUUCUUUUAGUGUAAAGUCAGCUGUGAUUUUCAUAUGAAACUUUGAUUGAUCUAUUUUACUUUUCAACUUUUGCUUUA